AUGGCGUGGAUUCGAAAGGCUCUGCCGCGGCGCACUAUCCAAGCAUCUGCAAAGUCCACUGUCACUGAAUCGGCUUCAAUGUCGGACUGUAACUUGGCCUCGGUGCAAGCCUCCGUAGCAGCAUGCGCUGCGGUGGCCGACCUGACUGCAGGUCUGGACUUUGUGUUUGAUCGGCUCGGAGAUGAAGGCGAUCCUGGAGAUGAGCUACAGUAUCACCUAGACCAGCUCUGCCAACAAGCGGAGAGGUAUACAGACUCCUCCCUACAGGAUAAUGCCGGGGAGGAGUGGUCCUGCUCUCCGGGUACUGGCGAGCUUAUUAGAGCGGCCUGCCAGUGUGCGGUUAUGGUCUACGAUCAGACACAACCAAUUGGUGUCAAGGGGUUCGAUAUCGAACCUGUGCUGCACCGUAGCCCGUCCUCGAUGGGUACCGUCAAGGCUUACUCAAUGUGGAAGAUCCCGUUCACCCCGAUUCCAGGGUGGAGUGGGAAAACGUUGGUAGUCUCCAUUCGAGGAACGGCAACCGUCAUGGACCACAUGGUGAACAUGAAUGGGAAGCCCAAGGAUGCCAGCACACUUUUCAAGAUACUCUCAAAGGGACAGCGGGUCAAUGUCCAGGCCCAUGCCGGAUUCCUCGGCUGUGCUCACGACAUGAUACCCACCGUUACCGCAGACGUCAGGCAGCAACUGCUUGCAGACGAAAAGAUACGCAACAUCGUUUUCACUGGCCACUCUGCUGGAGGUGCAGUAGCAUCUCUUGUGUUUCUCCACUUUCUAUUCCAGCAAAACCCCGAUCCAUGGAUUUCCAACUGCAAACCCUCCCUCGUCACCUUCGGGUCACCGCCCAUUACCAGCAUUAGCCUCACUGACAUCUGUAAAGACAGCUCCAGCAUUGGUGUGUUGCUGUCAAUAGUCAAUGAGUACGACAUGAUAUCCCGAGCAGACGGACCAUAUCUCCAGUCAGUUGUCGACCUUUAUCGAUCUCGCCACGGUCUGCCACCGGUUUUCAACAGUUCCGCAGCAACAGCAGAGCGUGAUUCAAAGUCCUGGCCACUCCGUUUGCCAACAUUUCAUCUUUUGGGAGACAUCGUUGUGCUCAAGCUGCAUCUCGUCGACCUACCGUCCGUCCAGGGGGACGAUGCGCUUUCGCAGGCGUCCACAAUCGUGGUACCGACACUCAAGGCGGUCAAGGUAUCACCACAGGAAUUUGCAAAGUUGUUGUUCUGUGAUAUUUCGACCCACAGGAGGAAGGCGUACAUUGAGCGCAUGGAGAUGCUGGCGACGCAGCUCUGGGACGAUUCCUCAUCCUUGAACACAAGUUUAGGUGAACUGGUUCUGGAAACAUCGGUACUGAAUCUUAGAAAUUGA